AGCAACCGUAAAUGGAUACAGAAGACGAAACCCACUUCAGCUCAGCUAUCUCGCUGGAUGACCAAGCAGAGAGUUGUGGUACAUCUGCUCCAAAUCGCAUAGCAGAACUUGAGUCUGCUGAUGAUAUGCAGACCUUGAUAGACAACUUUCGUUUUAACCUUGUGGAGACCUGCGUUGGUAUGUUGGAGGACAUCCCAGACUAUGCUCAGAACGACAUAAUUUACCACUCUGCCCAGCUGAUCAAGGUUAACAUGCUGCGUAAUGGCGAAGAGUACACUUACAGUAUUCUCGAAUCUCUCAGCAACAUUGUAAAUGCAAGAGUUGCACACCUUAUUGACCUUAUUGACCUCAUGAACAUUGAGGACUCAGACCAUUUCAGCGCGCCGGAUUCCUUGCACGUAUAUUCAGUGAUUGCUCUGUACAAACUGAUCUUCCAGGAGAUCAAACAGCCGUGUGCGGAGAUUGCGCACUCGAGUCAUAUGAUAGACAACCUUGUCAAACUUCUAUGCCGAGGGACUGAGGUGAUGGCAAAAUAUAAGCACAUGACCACACCAAGAUGGAUGGCAUCCAUUUUGCAACUUCUCGAUUUGAUGGAGAAGGUCUCUUUGACCACCAGACGCAAAAGCACAAUGCACGAUCUAACUGUCGAUGAAUGGAAAUGGUUUGAUCUGGGCUCUGGCAGAUGGAACUGCUACCAAGGCCAGUACAAUAAAGCUGUAGACUCGGCUUAUUGGGCAGGCAGAAAAUUCUGUAAAUUGCUCCACAAUCAACGCAACUACACGAUGGUGUUCACAAACAUGAUGCAGACAAAUGAAGAGACGGGCGAGACUCGUCCCAUAAUGAGGAGUUACAUAACACCCAAAAACGCACACAAGCAGAAGAAACAUGAGCCCUCUAUAGACGACGUUAAUGGGCCAAUCUUGUUUGUUGGUGAGCCAAGCCAACUUGAAUCCUCCGACGAUUGCUUUUUUGCACACCUGGGCAACACAAAACCCGUCGAGGGCAUUCCCGAGAGGCACAUCCAAACCAUAAUGAAUGCGGCAGUGACCCUUCUGAAAUGUACCGACAACAAAGAAACUAUUCAGGCGGCACUGGUGUUGUGCGUCCGCUUCUCACGCGACUUCAAAUUCGCACAAUUUGUCGCCGAAAAUGAUGUGGUCAAGACUCUACUAAGUCUCAAAAGUGCAACGCCAUUUAUUGGCUUUGAAACCCUGGCGACCAUACUCAUCCGACACAUUUUGGAAGAACCAGCAACAUUGCAAGUUGCUUUCGAGAAGGUGUUGAGAGCAAAGACUCUGCCCAAUAUCCCGUCAUCGUACAAGGAACUGAAUUUCAUCCUACGUGAGUGCAGUGCGGCUGUAUGUCGUGACAUGCACGCUUUCAAGAAAGUGUCCGAAAACAUUUUGCGUGUCGAUCACGAAGCCUGUGUAAGGAAAGCUGCGGAUCCCAAAGAGGUGCGCCUUCUAAUGAAAUCCCUACAGAUUUACACAAAUAAGAGAAAGAAAAAGCCUUCGAGUAGGGAGGUCGAUGACAGUACCAGAAGGACUGUUUAUGAUUUGCUCAAUGCUCUCGUGGUUGAGAUUGAAGAAAAAGAUCCAGAUGAACCAGCGCCAUCUGGGGCCCCAACAUCUCCCAGCGAACGUACAUUUGCAAAUUUGAAUCCAAUGGAGGCGCACAGCCAUCAGCGCCAUAUGAUGAACCACUUGGCAAAUAUCGUGAACGGCUUUGAUGAACAUGACCACCACAUCCAACUACCUCCACAUCCGACUAGCAACAACAUUGAAGAUUUCACUCAAAUGACUGGCCGAAAGAAGAACAAAGUUCCACUGAUGUCCAAGUCAUGUAUUCUGAAAAUCCUGAGCGAUGCUGUGCGCUCAUACAACACUAUUGCAUUGUUGAUUACGGAGUAUAGUUUUUCCGGACAUAAAAACUCUGCUGUUAAAGAGGAUUGUACGGCAAUUGCGUACAUACUCGACAACUUGUUGAUCCAAGAAGAGGGAAUGACCGAUACUGAACGCCCCAACCUGGCCAGAGGACUCAUAGCAGCCGUGGCCUCCUGCAACCACUCGCCAGACGCUCAAAUGACUCUGGUUGAUGAGGUGAAAUCCGCUCUGAACAGGGCAUUGGCAAUGAAAGAAAGUGACAGAAAGCAUCAGCAUGUAGUUGAUUUGGUGGGAAUCGUGACAAUUAUGAUUGAAAAUUGUCCCCCAGUUCCACUCAUCAGCACACCGUUGAGUUCAUCGAUGCAGCUGAGCAUUCAAUAUAGCGUGAAUAAUAUGGAGCGCUUCAUGGUGAAGAAAAAUAUCGUAAUAGACCUGGCACGAAUUUCGCACUCACUGGAUUUGUCCAGUCCUAAGUUGCCAUACACAAUAUUCGCCGCUCUGAAGCCGCUUGAGACACUUUCCCGCAUCAUGAGCUGUCCGCCGUCCGAUCAGAAUACGAAUCGCGUCAAGACCCGACAAGCGACCGCUGAGGCCGCUGCAGCCGCGAGGGACCAACCAGGCACAAGCACAUCAGAGAGUACUAACGCACUGUCCAUGUCAGGCUCAGGGGAUGAAGAAAACAUGGACCAUCGCAGUGCAAUGAGAUCCGACAAUGAGGAGGAAGACGCUAAUGACGGCAAUGAUGGGAAUGCCGACUACGAUGAUAACUCCUACGAUAUUGACUCUACUAGCUUAAGUGACCAAUCAGUUGACCUUUGUGGGCCUAGUCUUCCUGCCACUUUGAAGAGUGUGCCAACCUCCAUGCACUGGUGGAAUGAAGAGUCCAAACUGCUUGACGGAGACUCCGAGGCAGAUGCCGCCACUGUUGUUGGAUACGAUAUUACAAAUGUGGUGCUGAAAUAUCGCGCUGAGGAUGUGGCCAAAUGUGAGGAAAACAUAAAAAUAUACAUUGAACAAAAGCGAAAGGAAAGAGAAGAAGAUAAAAAAGCAAGCUCCUCCUCGAGUCAUAACGACCAUUCCAGAGUCACUUCCAUGGAUAUUUUCGAACCGUCAUCGGCCGGCCCUGUGGCUGAGACAAGAUGGCCUAGCGCAAGUGCGAGCGCAAGCUCUGGAUCUGCAGGUCCAAGCAGAGUAAUCGAUCAUGCUCAGCUAGCCAGAAACAGAGAUGCUAUCCAUUGCUUGGCAGCCGCAGCCCCGUUUGUCAGCGAAAGGAGUGCGGACAACAUUGUGCACUCGGCCAUCCGCACCUGGCCCAGGCCCAACGACCAGCCCCUGCCUCAGCCCCCAAGCUCGGCCGAACAGCCCUACGGAUCAUACGAGGCUCUGGUCACUUUCGCUCCCAGUUUCGACCAAGACUUACCUUCUGUGGAGAUCAGAACCGACGGAGCAAGAGUUGACGAUGAGUACUCGAUGCCGAUCGUUCACAGCUAUCAGCCGUCGCCCAUCGACUCUUCGGACCCGCCUGAUGAUCCUCCCUCCCAACCAUCAAGCCAAGCUUAUAAUGAUCCUCCCUCCCAACCAUCAAGCCAAGGUACCUGUCACAGAUUGCAACGAAUGAGCGCACGCAGUAGCAAUGGCGCGGGAGAAGCGGCCACCAGCGGUGCGGCAAGUUUGGCCACUCUGGAAGUGAACGCCGACUUCCCCAACGCUCUGCCUCCAAACAUCCAAGCCGAAGUGCCCGCUCAACAGAGUUUGGAGCAGCAACGCCAAGCGGCCGCUGCAGCCAAUCCCAACGAACCUAUGUAUCCAGCUGCAUUAUUCGAGAUGCAUGAUCGCUUUGUCAGACAUGUAACUGGAACCAAGGACCUGUCUUCUCUUCUGAGAGCUGCGGGACUAAGAGGUCCUCGAGGGGGCGGCAGACCAAUCCUCGACUACGAGAGCAUCUGCUGUCUGCUCAUCCUGCUAUUCAUCGACGAUACCCCUCUCAACACUAUCAGUCUGAAUCGCGUCUUCAGAAAUCUCUGCUAUCACGCACCUACGCGAGACUGGAUCAUAAUGUCGUUGCUUUCGAUAAUGGAGAAGAGCAAUGAGGGUCCUCGAGGGGGCGGCAGACCAAUCCUCGACUACGAGAGCAUCUGCUGUCUGCUCAUCCUGCUAUUCAUCGAGGAUACCACUCUCAACACUGUCAGACUGCAUCGCGUCUUCAGAAAUCUCUGCUAUCACGCACCUACUUGGACACGAAUGGAAUCAGCCAGUACAUGGUUGAAUAUCAGCAUGGACGCUGCCCUCGGAUGUCGGGCCACAGUGUUCCAUGUCAACAAGAUCCCUGGCAGAAGGACUGGCACCAUUACCAUAAAUCAGCAGGCUGCUCCAUUUGUGUACAGACACUGUCUGGAGCUGUUGAUCUCGCUGGCCAAGACCUUCCCGGUCUCGUUUGUGCCGAAAGUGCAGGCUACCACGACUAACAGCAGUAGCAGCGACGCAAAUAAGAAGAAGGACGGCACCACCUUCUGGGAAAUUCUAGUCAGACUGGACGCGUCUUUCAACUCGAAGAAAGGCAAGAGCACACCAAAGAACAUGCAGAUCAAGCAGCAAAUCGAGCACACCAGCCUGGACACUGCGCCGUUCGGCCAACUGUUAAGGAUGCUUGCCUCGCCCGUAGUCAACAAGAGCUCGCAUCUCCUCAACAAACUGCUUCGACUCUUGGCAGUUGUCUCGUCUGCCUUGCAGGUGUACAAAGAACCGGAGCAGAUUGCUGGCGAUGGCUUUGGAAUCCUGAGCAAUGACACUUUGCGUCAUGUGUCGGUUGUGGCCGAUGUGCUCACAUCGACUUGCUGCACCGAGGAGGGCAUUCAGGAUGCCACCGCACUUCUGCUCCACAUGUCCGUUCGACUCGAGCCAAUCAGAGAGCCGAUUCAAAACAUGUUGCUUAACAGUUGCAAUAGUUUGGCACAGAAACUCAACGAAGAAAUAAAGACGUUGAUGAAAGAAGUGAUCGCCUACCGGAAAGCCAGCAAGGCGGAGAACGAAGAAAAGAAUGAUGAAACCAAGACCGUCGGAAAAGGAUUCUUGAGGAGUCGGUUUACGAAUGAUACAGUAGUGGUGUCCGCUCCAAAGAGGGUGAAGACCGGUCUCGAUCUUCAACUGUCUGCAAUGGGACCUUUGAUCUCAAAAACAUCCAGCCAAGCCUCCAUGUUGCGUCUUUUGAAAGUCAUUGUCCAAAUCAGAAGUUCAACUCGCGCUUUUGAAACAAGAAAUGCAAAAAAAGACGACGAAGAAAAUGAUGAUGAUGAGGAAGAGGAAGAAGAGGAGGAUGAGGAAGAAGAGGAGGAUGAGGAGUUAUUCCUGCAGGAAGAGGCGAGAAGCAAUGACAGGCAAGCUGAUGAAGAUGGCCAAGGAGCUGGCAGAGAGAGAAGGAGGAAUACUCCUACACCUCUCAGCCAAAUGCUAAAGCUGGAUGAUCUGUGGACUUCGCUCAGUGACUGUUUGUGUCAACUUGACAAGACUCAAGACACUCACGCCUGUCUCGUUUUGCAGCCGGCCGUCGAGGCGUUCUUUAUAGUGCACGCCAGCAGCGCAGAGGCUGCAGUACCCAGCAAAGGAAGCGAGCAAGGCAGUUGUAGUCAGGGCAGUAGCCAGGCCACAAGCAACCAGGGCAGUAGCCAGGCCACAAGCAGCCAGGGAGGUGCUGGCCCCUCGAGUGAGUUGGCCGCUCCGCCCCCUCUCUCGCCUCUGCCUACUGAUGGCUUGGAGAGUGAACCAUCAUCACAACACGAAACUACCCAAUCCAAGUUCCUCAAAUUUGCCGAAACGCACCGUACAGUGCUGAAUCAGAUUCUGCGCCAGAGCAGCACGCCACUUGUGGACGGGCCUUUCUCGGUGUUGGUCAAUCAUGCCCGCUUGUUGGACUUUGACGUGAAACGACGUUACUUCCGCAGUGAGCUGGAGCGUGUUGACGAGGCGGUUCGUCGCGAAGAAUUCGUUUUGAACGUCAAUAGGGCAUCCAUCUUCAAGGACUCCUUCGACGAAUUGCACAGUUGUACUCCUGAAGAAUGGAAGAAACGCUUCUACAUCGUCUUCGAAGGGGAAGAAGGGCAGGACGCCGGAGGCCUGUUAAGAGAAUGGUAUAUGAUCAUAUCGAGGGAGAUUUUCAACUCGGAUUAUGCACUUUUCACUACAUCGGAGGGCGACAAAGUGACGUACACUAUAAAUACCUCAUCGCACUACAACCCGAACCAUCUUCUCUACUUUAAAUUCGUAGGAAGGGUAAUUGCAAAAGCAAUCUAUGACAACAAACUUCUCGAUUGCUACUUUACUCGUUCCUUCUACAAGCACAUUCUGGGUAUUCCGAUCAAGUACACGGAUAUGGAGAGUGAGGAUUUCACUUUCUACAAAAGUCUCGCCUACUUGAAGGAAAACCAUAUCUCUAGCAUUGGAUCUGAUUUGACAUUCAGCACAGAGGUGCAAGAACUUGGAGUGACUGAGGUGAGGGAACUGAAACCAGAUGGACAAAAAAUACCCGUCACUGAAGAGAACAAACUCGAGUACAUACAUCUGGUUUGUCAAAUGAAAAUGACUGGAGCCAUCCGCAAGCAACUGGAUGCUUUCCUCGAAGGAUUUUACGACAUCAUUCCCAACCGACUGAUAAGUAUUUUCAACGAACAGGAACUUGAAUUGCUCAUUUCCGGCCUACCCAACAUUGACAUUGAAGAUCUCCGAGCCAACACUGAGUAUCACAAGUACCAGCCCAGCUCCCUCCAGAUUCAAUGGUUUUGGAAAGCCCUACGUGAAUUCAACCAAGCUGAAAGGGCAAAGUUCCUUCAGUUCAUGACCGGCACGUCGAAAGUGCCACUCCAAGGUAUGAAUGGAGACCAGAAAUUGCAGAUACACCGUGAUGAGAGGUCAACCGACAGACUUCCCUCGGCUCAUACCUGUUUCAAUCGACUUUACUUGCCUGUUUAUGAGGACAGUCAGAAGCUAAGGAACAACCUUCUCAAAGCGAUUCACGAAUGCUCGGAGGGCUUCGGAUUCGCUUAAGGGGACACGGAAUCCCUAUCCUACUCCAUGUUAACAUAAGGAACAUUUUCUAAAAAACUACUCAACCGAUUGCUUUCAAAUUUUCAACAUGCUUUUAUAGGCACUUCCUUUAAUAGCUGAGUUAAUUUCAAAAGCGUACUAACCAUGGAAAUGAAUAAAAAAAAAUUCUCAACUUGCCUUUUUAGUCUUACAUUUUCAACAAGAAAAUAUUUUUUUAAAUAACUAUUUUUGGAUGGAUCAAUCUGGAAAUAACUCAGCAUAUGUAACGUACAGAGGCCAGUAACGUGUAAAAAUUUCAUCAGGAUAACUCUAUUACUUUUUGAGAAAAUGUUCCUUAUGUACCUUAAAAUCAAAAUUCUCAGGAAAGGCAAAAAACUAAACAGUUUGUCAAUAUUAGCUCAAGAUGCAAAUAUUAUGUAUUCAAGUGAACUCCUCACUCACCUAAUACAUCCCAGGAUCAUGGGCAGGCAUUUCUUCAAAAUCUUCAGCCAAUCUCUUGGCAUUAUAAUGUUGGAUAACUAGUUCGUAGAUUAUAAAUAGUAGAACCAGAAAAAAUAUUCACGAAAAUCGUCCAAAAAUCUACUAAAAGCUGCGAACCAUACAAUAUCUUGUAAACAGAACAAACUAACCAACAAAACGAGCUACACAUUGGCAUUUGGCAGAUUUGAAAACAUAUGACUGAAAGUAUUGCCAACACAAUAUCAAAAGAAUCAUGGAAAUCGGUCAUUCCUUCCAAAAGUUAUAUUGUUUUGAAAAAUUUUGUGAUUCAACAAAUUAUUGGGUAAAAUGGAGAAUGACAUCAUAUUCUUUGAAGAUUUUAUUUUAUAUAAAGUAUUCAUGCAAAUAUCAAGUGUUAUACAUUGAUUAAUUCACAAAAGAAUACUCUAUCAGAUGGCGCUAAAAUUCAAAAAUUGAUAUUUUUUUCAUUUUUUGCUUUCCGUGUGUCCUUAAUCCACUUUAAUCUUGUAAUAUAGUUUGUGUAUUUGUUUCAUAUUUUGUAAAUAUCAUGAAACUACCUGUUGUUUAAAUAAUUUCGAGACUGAAAGACGAAUAUAUUAAAUGUGUAUAAAUAUAUAUGUAAUUAUAUAUAUAUUUUUUUGUAAUGGAUGAAAAUAACUAGUUCUUCGAGUCUAUAGAGACACUGUAUUCUUUUUUAUUUUGUAUCAAUAAUUUUGAAAAAUAAUGAAUAUUGUAAAAUAUCAUUUAAUUGCUAAUAUCAAUUGAUGCUAAAUUUCCCAUAAAUUCAAAGAUGAUAAAUUACUCAUGUACUGUAAUCAUGAUGAAAUUAUAUUGUUUCAUAGAUUCAUAUGUAAUGAAAUCAAGUGAUAUCUCAUAUUGUUUUUGAUAUUAAACACUUCAUUAACUUAUUAUAUUUUUUAAUAGUUCACUUGAAACUAAUAUUGUUUCUUAUAUUAAUAACUUCUUUAUCAUAUUUUUCUAUAAUUAAAAAUGUAAGUUUUUCAGAACAUAAAACAAAAUUGAGUUCAUGUGUUGAUGCCAUUUGAAUUUAAUGGAGUUUGGCGCUGAGUAGUUAGUUUCCAAUCAUCCCCGUCUAGUGGCACACUCUAGUGCAUAAUUGUUUGUUUGUUUUGUAGUAGCCAUAUUACUUCAUAAAAAAGGAUGGGUUUUGUUGUGAAUCUAAUCUUUAUUACUUUUAUGAUAGGCCUAUCAAAAAAUGUUGAUAGUUUGUCAAUAAUAAAUACUUGUAACAAUAAAAUCACUUCGCUUAUAAUUAUGGGCUACUAUACUUGAUUCAAAUAAAAACAAUAUAAGACUUUCAGUACCCUUUUAUUAAAAACUUAAAAAUAUUUUAGUGACUACUUUCAUUCAUUGGUCAUUUUCAAGUUAAAAUAAUGUUAAAUAUUAAACCGUUAAAUAUUUUAAAGU